AUGGGCUCCGUGCUGCCCGGGUCCUCUCUGGGCCUGAAGGCGGGCUUCAAGCCGCAGCAGCCGCUCUCUCUGGCGGACAUCAUCACGUCGGACAUCCUGCACAGCUUCCUGUACGGCCGCUGGAGGCACGUGCUGGGCGAGCAGCACCACCUGCAGCAGCAUCACCUGCAGCACGAGGACCGCACGGCGCCCAGCGCGAGCCCCAAGACCGCGUUCACCGCUGAAGUGCUCGCGCAGUCCUUCUCCGGAGAGGUGCAGAAGCUGUCCAGUCUGGUUUUACCCAGCGAGGUGAUCAUCGCUCAGAGCUCAGUCCCAGGAGAAGGUCUGGGUAUUUUCUCUAAGACGUGGAUCAAAGCGGGGACAGAGAUGGGUCCGUUCACUGGACGCCUCAUCUCCCCUGAACACAUCGACCUGUACAAGAACAACAACUUGAUGUGGGAGGUGUUUAACGAGGAUGGGACCGUCAGGUACUUCAUCGAUGCGAGUCAGGAGGACCAGAGGAGCUGGAUGACCUACAUCAAGUGUGCCAGGAACGAGCAGGAGCAGAACCUGGAGGUGGUCCAGAUCGGCAGCAGCAUCUUCUACAAGGCUGUGGAGACAAUCCCUCCGGACCAGGAGCUGCUCGUCUGGUACGGAAACUCUCACAACACCUUCCUGGGAAUCCCUGGAAUUCCUGGAGGAGAUGAAGAACACAGUAAGAAGACCAAGACAGAUGAUUUCCACACUUGUGAAGGCUCCUCGUCCUCUUCCUCCUCCUCGUCCUCCUCCUCCUCUUCCUCCUCCACCUCGCUGGGCCGUAUGCGCUGCGUCAUCUGCCACCGCGGCUUCAACUCUCGCAGCAACCUGCGCUCCCACAUGCGGAUCCACACGCUGGACAAGCCGUUUGUCUGCCGCUUCUGCAACCGCCGCUUCAGCCAGUCGUCCACGCUGAGGAACCAUGUGCGGCUGCACACCGGUGAGCGGCCGUACAAGUGCCACGUCUGCCAGUCGGCGUACUCGCAGCUGGCCGGCCUGCGGGCGCACCAGAAGAGCGCCCGGCACCGGCCAAGCGGUGAUGCCGGCGCCGCGAGUGGCACCGUGGUGGUCCACGCCGCCCACUCCCCCCCUCCUCACCCCCCACAGCUCACCGCCAUGACUCACCCCGCAUCACUGGUCCACCACAUCCCCACCAUGGUGCUGUGAGACAGGCAGACAGAGAGACAGACAGACAGACAGACAGGCAGACAGACAGACAGGCAGACAGAGGGACAGAGAGACAGGCAAAGAGACAGACUGACAGACAGAGAGACAGACAGACAGACAGAGAGACAGACAGUCAGUCAGUCAGACAGACAGAAAGACAGACAGACAGAGAGACAGACAGUCAGUCAGACAGACAGACAGACAGACAGACAGGUUCAGUUUCCCGUCACUGACUCGCAUUGACCCAGUUGGACUCUGGUUAAUAAUUUAAGAAGAAAAUCGAUCAGAAGGAUCAAAAAUAAAUAUUUGUACAUAUGCAUGCACACACACGUUUAUUAAACACACACACGUUUUAGUGUCUGAGACACAGUUGCAUGAUGGGCCGUGGCGGCAGCCUGUGACUCCGGUAUAAUCUGUGAUGUCGUGCUGUGGUUUGCAUGCUAACGGUUGUCUGUUAAUGGUGGUGAUUGUUGGACACUAGGGGGCACUGUUGGUCAGUUCAGCUGAUGCUAACAGGUUAGCAUGCAGGAUGCUAACGCUCAAACGAAGCUGUCAGGGUUUAAAAACACUUCAGCUUCGAUUCAGUCAAACCUGAGUCACAGAGCAGAGGAGCUGAAGUAUUUAGUUUUUAGUUUAUUGAUCCAGAAUAUAAGGCUGUUGGUUCACAGCGUUUAUAUAUCACAACAUAUUUAAUGCAAACAGACAGAACGGGUUGAGAGCAAAACUAUCAAAGUUUAAUCGCAAGUAAAGUUUUAACAGCAAACAAAAGUUUUUGACCAUGCAAUUAAACAUUUUCUGAUCUGCUCUUAUUCUGUUUGGCGCCAAAUUAAAAACUAAUGUAACCUGAUAGUUUAACAUGUUGACGUUUAACGUUUAAAACAACAUGCUAAUGACUCAAGAAAUGGUGUUUCAUUAAUACGCUAUUUGGGUGUAACGCUAAUUAUUAUGUGACAUAACUGAGCUAUUGGCGAUCGAAUCUAAAGUUCACAGAUAUAUAAUCUUCACUGUGACACCUGCACGGCUAAAUGUUAUCAUUAGCAUUAGCUUACAUAAUGUUGAGUAAAGCUAACAGAAACAUCUCAAUAUUAGCAUGAUGAUUCAUAGUAGUAGUAGUAGUACUAAUACAUAAAAAACAAGCAAAACUACUGAAGACAUUGGUGUGUUAUUCAUACAAUGUUAGCUGAUAACACUAAUUUGUCCAUUAGUUACAAUUCUCAUUAGCUAGCUAGCUAGCUAUCUUGGAGAGCUAUGAUGACAAACUGCUCGUAGCCGCGAUGUCGCUAAGCACAGAACUUCACUGUGACACCUGCACGACUAAACGUUAGCAUUAGCAUUAGCUUACACCCUGUUGAGUACAGCUAACAGAAACAUCUCAAUAUUAGCAUGAUGAGUCACCAUUAGCACUUUAGCAUUAAUUUUUAUGCUAAUACGUAAAAAACGAAAUACGAAAAAUCACUGAAGACAUUGGUGUGUUAUUCAUACGCUGUUAGCUGAUACCGCUAAUGUGUCCAUUAGUGCUCAUUAGCUAGCUAGCUAGCUUGGAGAGCCACCAUGACUGACGAACUGCUCGUAGCCGCGAUGUCACCAAGCUAACUGACUUCUGAAGUUCACAGAUAUAAACUUCACUGUGACACUUGCACGGCUAAACGUUAGCAUUAGCAUUAGCUUGUUGAGUAGAGUUAACAGAAACAUGUCAAUGUUAGCAUGAUGAGUCAUAGUAGCCACCAUUAGCACUUUAGCAAACACUUUUAUUUAAAAAACUGAAUAGCAGUAUGAUAGUUAGCUUUGUGCUAACACUGAGCACAAACUCUUAGCGCUCAUGUUUAACGUUAGCUUGAGUGGUGUUCGCAAAGAUAGAAAUAGCAAACUCAUGCUAAUACGCUAAUACGUACGCAUGAUGCUACGAAGCACCAAAGACUCAAAAGAAGUUUUUUAUCUUUUGUGAACUUGACUGAGCGUUAGCCGCAUGCUAACAUGUUAGCAGAAGUGAACAAGUUCUGACUGACCAACAUUAAAGUGAAACUCAGCAGAUUCCUUUAAAGAAGCUCCCAAAGUAUUUUAUUAUUAUUAUUACCAUUAUUAUUAUUAUUGGUGGUCUGUUGGUGUUAAAGCUCUGGCUCGAGGCCCAAAUUGGGUCGGUUGGCCACUUCAGCUGAUAGAAAACAUUAGAAAAGUUUCUAAUCUUCUGUAAAUGUUUCUACAUGAUUUUGAAGCUUCUUUCUCUGCAUGUGAUGUAAAUAAAGUGAAAGAAAGGAAUGUGAAUGUGAAUAUAAACAUGAGAUGUGCUUUAAACUCAGAAUAUAACUCAACGUCACUUUAUCUCUGAAUAUGAACCAUUAUUAUUAUUAGUAUAUGAAGUAUAAAGGAUCCUGUAUUUGAGCUGAUAUACUCCCAAUAAAGUAUUACUACACUUUA